CAUCCGUCCCCGCCCCGUCCCGUCCAACCUUUUGAACGUUUCAAAGGAGGAUCAGAGUCAGAGCGCAGCGGUGCGCAGCAGCAGCACAGCGCGGUGCUCUCCCCACCAAUUAAGCUCGACCAGUGAGCGAGCGUCCACCUCCCCCUCGUAGCUGCCUCUGACCGCCCCCGCCUGUGCGUGCGUCACCCGGUGGUUUGGUUGCGCACCGUACCCAACGGCUCCGCCGGCACGGUACCGCUUGUUCGCUUGCGAGGUUGUGCGGAGUGGUUGCUGGCCGGCCGCCGCGGUGGCGGGCGAUAAAGGCGAAGCCGCUGUCUCAUCUGCGCUAGCGUCCGUCUCGACUCUCGAUCGCUGUCUCUUCUCGGCUCUCGCCUCCUCGCCGCGGCAGGGGAGAUACCGAUCGCCAUGGAAGCGCCCUUCUUCCACGAGCUCAGGCGCCAGGCGUCCUCCUACCUCACCGGCAAGAUCCGCUCCGCGCGGCUCGCACUCACCGACGUCACCCCGACGCAGCUCAUGACGGAGGAGGCGACGAACGGGGACGCGUCGCCUCCGAACGUCAAGACGAUGGGGCUCAUAGCCCGGCAGGCGUUUGAGAUCGACGAGUACGUCAGGAUCGCCGACAUCCUCCACAGUCGCUUCGCGAGCUUCGACCGGAGGCAGUGGCGGGAGGCCUACAAGGCGCUCCUCCUCCUGGAGCACCUCCUCACGCACGGGCCCCGCAGCGUCGCCGCCGAGUUUCAGAAGGACAGGGACGCCAUCGACCGGAUGGCCUCCUUCCAGCACAUCGACGAGAAAGGCUUCAACUGGGGCGUGACGGUGAAGAGCAAGUCGGAGCGGGUGCUCAAGCUGCUGGAGCGGGGGCCGUUCCUGGAGGAGGAGCGCGAACGGGCGCGCAAGAUCGCGCGCGAGAUCAAGGGCUUCGGCAGCUUCAACCUCAGCAGCGCGUCGCGGGCCCUGGAGCAGCCACAACCAGGUGAGGAGGACGGCAGCCGUGGCUACGGCCGGAGCAACUCGCAGUACGAGGAGCGGUGGCGGCGCCAGGACGACGACUGCGACGGCGACGGUGGCCGCGGCUACGGCCGGAGCAACCCGUCGCAGGUCGAGGAGCGGUGGAGGCAAGAGGAGGGCGAUGACGGUGACAAGGAGAACCUGAUAACAAGGCCGGAGCCGCCGCGGGUCGCGCGGGAAGUGGAGGCGGAGGAGCCGCACCAUCGCCACCCGUUCCACGGGUUCGGGCAGCAGCGGCCGGAGGCGAUGCUGCUCCUGAGCCAGUAACGGGAUCAGGAGGUCGCUCUCAUGGCGCGAUGUGAAAAGAACCGUGUGCUGAACUAGCCUUUCUCCCAUUCUGCGAAGCCUGUAAGGUCAGUGGUUAGCUGACACUGCCUAGUGUUUGGGCACUCUGAACUCUGAACUGGGUGUUAUCGUGGAUCCAGUUCGCUACGGCAUGCUUCGCCAUGAAUCGCUGCCCAGCCUUGUAAAUUUCUAUGCUUCAGUUUCUGAUGCCAGGAUGUACUACGAGAGAACAUAUAGACAAGUCUCAGGCUUCCGGCAAAUCUCUAUAAAACUCUUCACUAAGUUUUGUGUGA